GAAAGAGGAAAAGAGUGCGAGGGAGUGAGGGAGGGAGGAAAAUAAACAACAAAAAAUGUCCUCUUCCUCCCCCACCGGGCAGAUUGCAAGUGCGGCGGACAUCAAGCAGGAGAAUGGGAUGGAAAGCGCCUCGGAAGGGCAGGAGGCGCCCCGAGAAGUGGCGGGGGGCGCGGCGGCGGGGCUGAGCCCCCCGGCUCCAGCCCCUUUCCCCCUGGAGCCGGGGGACGCCUCGGCCGCCGCCGCAAGGGUGAGCGGAGAGGAAGGGGCAGUGGCGGCAGCGGCGGCGGAUCAGGUACAACUCCACUCGGAACUUCUGGGCAGGCACCACCACGCCGCGGCCGCCGUCGCCGCCGCCGCUGCCGCCGCGCAGACCCCACUGGCCUUCUCGCCCGACCAUGUCGCCUGCGUGUGCGAGGCGCUGCAGCAGGGGGGCAACCUGGACCGCCUGGCCCGGUUCCUGUGGUCCCUGCCCCAGAGCGACCUGCUACGUGGCAACGAGAGCCUGCUGAAGGCGCGGGCGCUGGUGGCCUUCCACCAGGGCAUCUACCCCGAGCUCUACAGCAUCCUCGAGAGCCACAGCUUCGAGUCGGCCAACCACCCGCUGCUGCAGCAGCUCUGGUACAAGGCGCGCUACACCGAGGCCGAGCGAGCCCGUGGCCGGCCACUGGGCGCGGUGGACAAGUACCGGCUGCGCAGGAAAUUCCCCCUGCCCCGCACCAUCUGGGACGGCGAGGAGACGGUGUAUUGUUUCAAGGAGAAGUCGCGCAACGCGCUCAAGGAGCUCUACAAGCAGAAUCGCUACCCUUCGCCCGCCGAGAAGCGGCACCUGGCCAAGAUCACCGGCCUCUCCCUCACCCAGGUCAGCAACUGGUUCAAGAACCGCCGGCAGCGCGAUCGGAACCCCUCAGAGACCCAGUCCAAAAGUGAGUCAGAUGGCAAUCCCAGCACUGAAGAUGAAUCCAGCAAGGGCCAUGAGGACUUGUCUCCUCAUCCACUCUCCGGUUCCUCCGAUAGUGUUGCCAACCUCAGCCUUCCCAGUCACAUGGAGCCAGUAUACAUGCAACAAAUUGGAAAUGCUAAGAUCUCAUUAAGCUCUUCUGGAGUUUUGUUGAACGGAAGCUUGGUGCCCGCUAGUACUUCACCUGUCUUUCUUAAUGGUAAUUCUUUCAUUCAGGGACCCAAUGGAGUCAUCCUUAAUGGAUUAAAUGUGGGGAAUACACAGACUGUGUCAUUGAACCCCCCAAAAAUGGCCUCAAACAUUGUGAGCAAUGGUAUAUCCAUGAGUGACAUACUGGGGUCUACCUCCCAGGAUGUGAAGGAAUUCAAAGUCCUCCAGAGUUCUUCAGCUAACUCAGCAGCCACCACGUCUUACAGCUCCAGUGCCCCUGUGUCAUUCCCAGGGCUCAUCCCCAGCACUGAGGUAAAAAGAGAAGGUGUUCAGACAGUGGCUUCCCAGGACGGAGGCUCUGUGGUGACUUUUACUACACCAGUGCAAAUUAACCAGUAUGGCAUUGUCCAGAUCCCCAAUUCCGGAACGAACAGCCAGUUCCUUAAUGGGAGCAUUGGAUUCUCUCCACUGCAGCUGCCUUCUGUUUCCGUAGCCGCUUCACAAGGUAAUAUUUCAGUAAAUUCAAGCACUUCAGAUGGGAGCACAUUUACAAGUGAGUCUACCACAGUCCAGCAAGGAAAGGUUUUCUUGAGCUCUCUUGCUCCCAGUGCAGUGGUAUACACUGUUCCUAAUUCAGGCCAGACUAUAGGAUCUGUUAAACAGGAGGGCUUGGAGAGGAGCCUGGUAUUUUCUCAGUUGAUGCCUGUCAAUCAGAAUCCACAAAUAAAUGCAAACCUGUCUUCUGAAAAUAUCUCGGGAAGUGGCCUCCAUCCAUUGGCCUCCUCAUUAGUUAACGUAUCCCCAACUCACAAUUUUUCCCUGACUCCCCCUACCUUACUAAAUCCCACUGAUUUAAACCCUGACAUUGCUGAGAGCCAGCCAAUGUCUGCACCUGUGGCAAGCAAGUCUACUGUGACAUCUGUCAGCAACACUAACUAUGCAACUCUUCAGAACUGUUCCCUCAUUGCUGGUCAAGAUCUAUUGUCAGUCCCCAUGACCCAGGCUGCCCUUGGGGAAAUUGUUCCUACGGCUGAAGACCAGGUGGGUCACCCUUCCCCAGCAGUACACCAGGAUUUUGUGAGAGAACAUCGUUUGGUUCUGCAAUCAGUAGCUAACAUAAAAGAGAAUUUCUUAACAAAUUCUGAGGGCAAAGCCACAAGCAACUUAAUGAUGCUGGACUCAAAAUCCAAGUAUGUCCUAGAGGGCAUGGUCGAGACUGUCUGUGAAGAUCUGGAAACAGACAAAAAAGAGCUUGCCAAGCUCCAAACUGUCCAGUUGGAUGAAGAUAUGCAAGACUUAUAAACUUGAGUUCCCACCCACCCCUCCGCCCCCUCCCUUUUUUUCUGGCAUCAGCAGGCAGAUCUUUUCAUGAAGCCCUGAGGACAUAAAGCAUUUUCCCAUUUACAGGGAAACACUAGUUUUGUGAGUAAAUGCAUUCAAGGGACUGGAUUGAUCUGCAUGAAGAUCACAGUUAAAUACACAAGAGUAGAACUGCGUUGCCGCAGC